GUCACACUUUUGGUACCUUCAUGAUUCACUGCGGUGUCCGUGUCUGCAGUACCAGAGAGAACUGGAAAAAUGGCGGCGGGUUCUGGAGCUGUUAGCGGCCACGGUGGCCGCGGCGCUUUGGAGGCCACCCUGGACCGUAGAUUUCAAGGAGUUUCCAACACUAUGGAGUCUAUACAGGGGCUGUCGACCUGGUGCAUUGAAAAUAAAAAGUAUCACAGCCUUAUCGUUCGGUACUGGAUGAAGUGGCUCAAGAAAUCGGACACCAACCACCGUCUGAAUCUGUUCUAUCUAGCCAAUGAUGUAAUCCAGAACUGCAAGAGAAAGAACGCCAUCGUCUACCGCUCAGCCUUCGCUGAGGUGCUCCCCAACGCUGCACUAAUGGUCAAAGACCCGAAGGUACGUAAGUCGGUGGAGCGGAUCUUCACUAUCUGGGAGGAGAGGAACGUCUAUCCUGAGGAACUCAUCACCCAGCUCAAAGCCAACCUGGCCAAGAAGGAGAGAGAGAGGGAGAAGGAGAAGGCUAAAGAGACGCCUCCUCCACCAGCCCCAGUCAACCCCAAAGCUGCCCUGAAGUCCAAGAUUGUGGCUGAUUUCAUACCCCAGUCGUUCAUCGAGCAGCUGGCGGGCUUCAAACGGGUGGUGGAGGAGGAGGAGCUGAGGGAGACCCAGCUGACAGCUCUCAGAGUGGACGUCUGCAGCACGGAGGCCCUCAAGAGACUCAAAGACAAGGCCGGAGGGAACAAGUUUGCCAAGGACUUUGAAGAGGGCAGCCAGAAGCUGCAGGAGUUUGUCAGUUUCCUGGAGAACCAGAUGCCUGUAGGGCCCCCUCUGCUGGAGGCUCUGGGAAACGCAGACGUCUUCUAUGAGAUGCAAUACAAGGAAGUCAAGAUCGUGGCCAGCGCCUAUAAAACCUUUGCCAACCGUGUGGUCAACCUCAAACGUAAACUGGAUGCCCUCAAGUCCUCCCUUCCCGGGACCGAGGACUCUCCCAUCCCCUCCCCCUCUGAGGACGCUCCCUCACCCACCGGCUCUGACUCCCCCUUCCUGGGGCUGGGAGGAGGCCGAGGGGGUAGGCUGGGUUUUGACCCGGACCUGGAUGGGAGUGCCAUGGACGAGAGGGAUAUGGGGGUUGUGAGAGAGGGGGACAACAGAGAUGUGGAGGACAUGGAUCUGUCUGAGGAGGACAUGGAGACAGCCAACACAGCUGAGAAGCAGUCAUCAUCAGCCACCGUUUCCAAGGUGACCAGCUCCAAGACCGCAGCAAAACCCGCCCCUGUCACACUCGUUCGAACCUCCACCGAGUCCCCUCUCAAAAAGGCAGCCACGUCUACCCCCACGCCAGUGACCCCCAGCACCCCUACGAGCGCGGGUGUGAGUGGUCCUAGCGGUCCGACCGCUCCUCUGGGAAUGAACCUGGCCAACGUGGACCUGGGCAAGAUCAGCUCCAUACUGAGCAGUAUCACAUCAGCCAUGAAGAACACAGCAGCCAGCCCUGUGUCUCGCCCCUCCCCUGGAACUCCCACCACCCCCUCUGGCCAAUCAUCUUCCUCCAAAACCCCAGUUGGACCCACCCCUCCUAGCCCAGCCCUGGCCAGCAUCCUGUCCAGAGUGAACGUCACCCCUGAAGGCAUCCUCAACGCCCUGUCAAAGACCCACACACAGGGUCUGUCCUCUCUGCUGAGGUCUGGUAGCUCCUCCUCCUCUGCCCCCUCCUCCCAUGCCUCCCCAGACUCCUCAGCAGCCAAGGGCCCCCCCACACCCACCACUCCUAGCAACACCAAACCCCCCCCUGACCAACAGUCUCAAACGAGACACACCUGAGAGGAGCAGAGGAGCCAGGGAUUGGGAGAAAAACCGAGAGGCCUCCCCUCCUCCUCCUCCUCCUCCCCCUCCCCCUCUCCCUAGCCGCUCUGUCUCUCCUCCCAGCCUAGAGUCUAAGAUCAAC